AUGUAUAUUAUUAAACAACAACUUAUCGCAGAAUUUAAUGCACAUGUGAAAAGAUUAAUUGCAGAUCUUAUAACAAGGAAUGCUAUAUUUGUUGUCAAGAGACAAAAAAUUUUGACAAUGAUAAAUACUGUAAUUAAAACUGUUAAUGAAAUCACUACUAAUUAUGAAUCCUUUCAUGAUCAGUUGGACCAAAUAACUGAGACAGGUUCUGUAGCACUAUUAAUAUCUAAACAAUUUCUAUCUGUAUCUACAUCUAAUUCUUUCCAAAGAUCUUCUAGUUCUUCUCUGAGUUCUUUUAGUAGCUCAAGUCAAUUAUCUUUUUCUGAUAUUAUCUCAAUAACCAGAAAUCACUUUAAAAUUCUUUUUGAUAAGAUUAUGACAGACAAUAAUUAUUCUUUAGACAAUAUGUGUAAUAUGAUGUCUGUUGAGAUUUAUAGUCUUGAAAUAGGAAAGAUUAGUAAGAAAACUAUAAAAAACUUUCAUUAUAAUAAUAAUGAUUUUAGAGACAAUAUUUUAAAUAAAAUAGGUGCUUGGAUAGAUAAUAAAAAUAAUUUUAACUUAGCUAAUAAUUCAGAGUAA